CCACUCCUAUAAAUACUCCGGUCGCCGUCGUCGUCGCCGUCGCUUUCGCACGGUGUCCAAACUCGAAACCCGGAAAAGAAUCUUCGCCGUCGGAUUGCACCGCCCGUCGUCGGAACCCGGAAAUGGAAGCCAGAGGCGCCGGAGGGAGGAGGGGAGAGAGGAAGAAGUCGGUCUCCAAGUCGGUCAAGGCCGGCCUCCAGUUCCCCGUCGGCCGCGUCGCCCGUUUCCUCAAGAAGGGCCGCUACGCCCGUCGCACCGGCACCGGAGCUCCGGUAUACCUCGCCGCCGUCCUCGAGUACUUGGCCGCCGAGGUGCUGGAGCUGGCGGGGAAUGCGGCGCGGGACAACAAGAAGAACAGGAUCAACCCGCGCCACGUGCUGCUGGCGGUGAGGAACGACGAGGAGCUGGGGAAGCUGCUGCAGGGGGUGACCAUCGCGAGCGGCGGCGUGCUGCCCAACAUCAACCCCGUCUUGCUGCCCAAGAAGGCCUCCUCCGACGCCCCCAAGGCGUCCCAGCCCAAGUCGCCGGCCAAGGCCUGAGGCGAAAGUCUUUGUACGGGGUUCCGGCGAGGGGGGUUUUUUGGUAAAUGGCCAGUUUUUUGGGUGGGCAUUUUGGGUAUCAGAUCGUUCAUGUGCAUAUGGAUUAGGCCUUUUUUUUUGGGUGUUUGGUUGGUCUUUUUUUGGAUGAUGUAAUGCCCCAUCAUCUGAUGAAUUCAAUGCAUAUAUUUUGAUGGGUCUACAA